ACGUCCGCGCUGCUAGCAACGAAAGCAAAAUGAUCGCGUUUAUAUAGUUUUUAGCGGUUUUUUGCGUCGUGGGCGUGCCUCCGAAUACACGAGAGACGACGAGGACGAAGUUACGCUGCUCCUCGGAGGGAUGUUGCCGCCUAUACACUGGCUUUUAGCGAAGAGAAAGUAAUAAUGGCGACGCAAGAUGGCUAGCCGAAUAAUGCUAACGAGAGCCGUAAGCGAACACCCGCGGACACUUCUAUGGAUGAACGUCCACAUUUGUGGCAUUUGAGCGAGGUGAGGCAUAAUAACACGCAGGAGAGGUCCACGCAUCCCGGCCUCCGUCAUGGACAAAGUGAGGUCGUCACGCAGCCACGACAAGGACGAAGAGCCGCACUCCACAGAUACCGACACGAAAGAGAGGAGCAAAGACAAGAAGGUUUUGUGCAAAGUGAAGUGGUCCCGUGAUGAGGACGAAAAGCUGAAAAAGCUGGUGGAGCAACAUGGCACAGACACUUGGAAAUUAAUAGCCAACUAUUUCCCCGGUAGGACAGAUGGCCAGUGUCAGCACCGCUGGCAGAAGGUCCUCAACCCUGAGCUGGUGAAAGGCCCGUGGACAAAGGAGGAGGAUCAGAAGGUGAUCGACCUGGUGCACAAGUACGGCCCCAAACGCUGGUCGGUGAUCGCCAAGCACCUGCAGGGCCGCAUCGGAAAGCAGUGCCGCGAGCGCUGGCACAACCACCUCAACCCCGAGGUGAAGAAGUCGUCGUGGACGCAGGAGGAGGACCGGAUCAUCUACGAAGCCCACAAGCGACUGGGCAACCGCUGGGCCGAGAUCUCCAAGCUCCUUCCCGGACGGACGGACAACUCCAUCAAGAACCACUGGAACUCCACCAUGAGGAGGAAAGUGGAGCACGAAGGCUACCUGCAGGACGUCAGCGCCAAGACGUGCACGUCCUCCCACGGCGGCGGCGGCGGCAAGAGGCGCCAUCGCUCGCCAGGUCCUCCUCCGACACCCGCCGAGGCGCAGCGCUGCGACCGGAGCCCCCUGGCCCCUGUGACGGCACCCAACCAGAUGGCAGGCUAUCACUUUGCUGCUCAAGGAUCCCACCUGAUGGACACUUCAGGUUUCAUUCCGAACUUGGAACAAUACUCGGCCUGGUCGGACGGCGUGCAGGAUACGGCGAACAGCAGCAGCCUGGAGGCGCAGGCCGACAGGAGGUCCUGGUCGGAGCCGGAGAACCCGCGAGGAGACCCCGGCCAGCUGCCCGCGUCCCCCAGCAGGUUCCUGGCUGUGGAGGCCAGCACGGUGUUGUCCACCCUGCAGACCAUACGUGACUUCGCGGAGACCAUGGAUCUCAUCGAUUCGGACCCGGCGGCAUGGAGCGACGUGGCCAGUUUCGACCUCUCUGAGACGGCGGCGGCGCCCCGGCACGACCAGGCCGUCUUCGCCUCGCUCCUUCAGGAGAGGACGGCUGACGCUUCGGCCGGCUUCUCAGUGCACGCGGCCUGCCCGACCACCUCCGCCGCCAAGGCGUCCGCGACCAGGAGGAGGAGGAGAGAGCGAGGCGAGCCGUCACCUCUGUGCGACAGGACCUACGGCUCCUAUUUGGAAAACAUUUCCAAUUCGCCAAAGAGGACGCACAGCAAGUCUCUGCCGUUCACGCCGUCGCGGUUCUGUAACGUAUCAGCGGCGGAGCAUCUGAACUUGGAGAACCCGGCGCUCACCUCCACGCCUGUGUGCGGCCAAAAGUGCCUCCUCAGCACGCCGCUUCACAAAGAAUCCACCCCCAAGCACCAGAAAGAGAACGAUGGUUCGAGGACACCCAAGUUUCGUAAAACGAUCAUGAUUCCAACACCGAGGACGCCGACGCCCUUCAAGAACGCUUUGGCGGCACAGGAGAAAAUGCACGGCCCGCUAAAGAUGGAGCCACAGCCAUUGGCUUUUCUGGAAGAGGACAUUCGCGAGGUUCUGAAGCAGGAGACUGGGGCGGACAUCUUUAACAGAGCGACUGUUUUGCAGCCCGACUACAGAGCGUGGAAACAAAACAUGGAAGGUCCAGCGAGAAAAGUGCGCAAGUCCCUGGUGCUGGACCCCUGGGGGAAAGACUGCCUUAGUGUGCAGCUGUUCCAGGAUCAGCUCAAUAAUGCACAAGUUCUGGAUGACAGUCUCCUGUCCAGCUCCUCUCUGAGCUCCCCGACCUCCGAGCAGCAGCAGCAGCACGGGGAGGCGGCGGAGCAGGAAUGUGUUCAUCCUUUGACGGAGCAGCGGGAGACUCCUUCGGUAUCAUCGCAGCACUCUCGCCGCUUCGUCGAGAAGACGACCCACAGAGCCGCCAAACAGGUGAGCGAGUGGGAAGCGGUGGUCUACGGCAAGACGGAGGACCAGCUGAGCAUGACGGAGCAAGCCCGUCAGUACCUGAUCCCGUACCCGUCGCCUGUCGGCCCCUCCCCUAGGCCCCUUGUACUAUAGGCGCACCCUCACGAAGAUCAACACGCACUCUACUACCCCAACUGAAUCCUCUUGUCCAAAUCCCAUAAGAGACAAUCCAGUGUCUUUCCCAUUCGGGUUUCUCUUUAGUUUUUUCAGAACCGACUUCUGUGUUUUUGGUCUGCACUAUUCUGUCAUGAAGGAAUCCGACGCGAUGAAUUUGACGAGGAGGGCAUGAACGCCUUUCAACAGAGGGAACCCAAAAUUGCCUCAUCAGAGCCGUAACAGUAGGUAAGGCAAAACCGCAGUGAAAGCGGCUUAUCGAGUAGUUGACGGACGCUUUCGACACAAUAGGGUGGCGGAAGUGGGUGUUACAGCUCUGAUGCUGCCUCCCAAGAUGGGUGCCAGAUUUUUUGCCUCUUUCGAACUGAGAUCUUGUAAAACUAACUGGAUGUAGGCGGGAUAUUGCCGAAACCUUCGCACAAGCACAGCGUCCCGCAUUGAGAUGAUUCGGUGACAUCAUUAUCCAGUGUGACGUGUCAUUGAAACACUUGUCACACAAUUGCUUUCAACACAACAGUGGUGAGAGAAGAGGUUCUCAAACUUCUGGCCCGUCUUUUACAGCUCUGAUACAGCCUUCGUCCAGCCGUUCUGUCUGUGCCGUUUCUAUGGAAGAGCAACACAGAAGCCAGACGGGAAAAUAAUUAUUUUUUUUGU